AUGCGCGGCUCGUCGAAUCUCUCGGCAUCUGCACUUAAUUACCUUCAAUCGCUCGAGAAAAACUCGGCAGCGCUAAGGAAAGGCUCGUCGGCCAAGAAUCUCGCGAAUCGGCCACGCAAACCGUCAAUUUCCGAGAUCAUUUCGCAAGCUCGACGACAAACCUCGCUAUCGCGCCACAAUUCCGACGAUUAUGAUGCGUUGAGCGAAUCGUUCAAAUCUUCGAUUUUCGACGAAGUUUCCGGUCGUGGUGAAAAAGUCGUCAUAUUCAGUGACAGUGAAGGCGAAAAAUCGCCAAUUUUGCCACGUGGAAGUCUAACAACGAAUAACGGAGCAGCAAGUUUGGAGCAAAUAAGACAACUUCGAAAUUCCAUCGAUCAAUCGUUGAUAUCGGUGCCAGAAUCGCGAACAAACAAGACAGUGAAAAUAAAGGCGGAGGACCUUUUAAAAAAGACGCAAAAAAAAAUUUCGAAAAAAGAAACUGCGCCAUCGCGACCUGUUGACGAACCUGAAGAGCGAAAAUCGCCAACUAUGAUGAAACGAAGUCCGUUUAAGAAAGCAAUCGAAUCGGAAAGCUCUGAUGCCGAAUCAAUUGUAUUCGACGAAGUAUUUGAGCAACCACCUCAGCCGCCUCCAAAAAAGGAAGAAGCUGAGCAGAAGACUGGGAAAAAAUCGAGGGAGCCUGAGCCGGAAUUUGAAUCCGAGACAGAAUCUGAAAGCGAAUCGUCGUCGGCAUCUUCAGAUUCAACAUCCGAAUCCGAGAGUACUUUAGAAUCAGAGGAUGAUUCCUCAUCAAGCUCGUCAAGCUCAUCGGAAGACAAAUCCUCAAGCACGGCGUCAACCAUCAAGAAAUCGGCGAAAAGUUCAAAUCCGGUUUCGCUGGCUGAUUAUGAUUACGAUUUUCCGACGCCAAAAGAAGCAUCGCCAGAAGCCGAUGGGAUAUCGGAAAGUUUUCGCAAAUUGAGUGUGAUUUCUGAAAAGGAUGAAGAGCAAAAGAGCGAAUCAGUUGAGUCGCGAAAAAUUCGGAAGAAUAAGAAACACAAAGAAUUGCAAAAUUGUCAAUCGAACUUGCACAAUAUGAUGGAGAAAAUUGUCGAAACACAUGUGAAAAUGAUAAACGAAUUGAAUGAAAUUGAGUGGAAAGCCGUGAAUGAUUGGCAACAAAUGCGAGAUCGAUUCGAGAACAAAAAAGGGCCCGGAAUGAACGAGUUGAAGCGGAUUAUUGACGAGAGAUUGGCCCACAAGCGAUAUUCAUCAUUCUAA